GUAAUGAGCUGCAAGUGUUGUCUUACAGAGAGGAAGGCGCGAUAGAUUCCUCCUGAUAUCGUAGAUGCAACAUUCGGUUUUGUUUCAUUUUCUUUUUAAACUCGAGAAUUCACUUUGAGAGUGUGGAAACAGCAUUGAAAGAUAUUGCUCCGCGCUGAUUAUGUGUCUGUGGAUGUCAUUUUUACCGCCUUGUCGACAUGAUUUUUUUUAAACUGUCGUUCUGGGAACUGGCCUAACGAAAUACUCAUUUUACAUACAAAGAGGAGUACUGCGAGAGGGAAAAUAAAGGUUGGCCAAGAUGUCAUCGAUCGCUGCUUACUAUGCAGGAAAAAAUGUGCUCAUCACAGGAGCCACUGGCUUCAUGGGCAAAGUACUUGUGGAGAAACUGCUGCGGUCCUGCCCUGAUGUGAAAGCCAUCUACAUAUUGGUGAGGCCUAAAGCUGGACAAUCGAUGCAGGCAAGAGUCACAGAUAUGAUGAAAUGCAAGUUGUUUGAUAGGGUGAGGGAAGACUUUCAGAAGAAGAUUAUUCCUAUCGGCAGUGAGUUGAUGCAGCCUAACCUGGCCAUCAGUUCAAAGGACACUGAACAUCUGCUCUCCUGCAUUAACGUUGUCUUCCACUGUGCAGCUACCAUUCGAUUCGACGAGCCUUUAAAACACGCCCUACAGCUGAACGUGGUGGCUACGCAGCAACUGUUAGUGCUGGCCCGGCAGAUGCAGAAGCUUGAAGCCUUCAUUCACAUCUCUACUGCUUACGCAAACUGCAACCGGAACCAUGUAGAAGAGGUCAUAUACCCUCCACCUGUAGAGCCAAAGAAGCUCAUCGACUCUUUAGAGUGGAUGGAUGAUAGUAUGAUCCAAGACAUCACCCCCAAACUGAUUGGAGACCGGCCAAACACAUAUACCUAUACAAAGGCACUCGCAGAGUAUGUGGUGCAGCAAGAGAGUGAGGAUUUGAAUAUUGCCAUAAUCAGGCCUUCUAUUGUUGGAGCCAGUUGGCAAGAGCCAUUCCCAGGUUGGAUUGACAAUUUCAAUGGACCAAGUGGACUUUUCAUCGCUGCUGGCAAGGGGAUUCUUCGCACUAUGAGAGCUACUAAUGAUGCGGUAGCUGACUUGAUCCCUGUUGAUGUAGUGGUUAAUCUCACACUUGCAGCUGGUUGGUAUACAGCAGUUCACAGGCCAAAAACUACCCUCAUUUACAAUUGUACCACAGGAGGCAUCAACCCGUUUCACUGGGGAGAGAUUGAGUACCAUGUCAUUUCCACGUUUAAGAGGAACCCUCUGGAUCAGGCCUUUAGAAGGCCCAACGCAAAUAUUACAUCAAACUACUUGAUUAAUCAGUAUUGGAUCGCUGUCAGUCACAAAGCUCCUGCUUUGGUUUAUGAUCUUUAUCUGAGGCUAACAGGGCAGAAACCACGAAUGAUGAAGAUCUUCAACAGACUUCAUAAAUCCAUGAUGCUGCUGGAGUACUUCAGCAGCAAGUCCUGGGACUGGAGUUCAGAGAACAUGAACAUGCUGCUGAGUCAACUCAGCCCCGAGGAUAAGAGGGGAUUCAAUUUUGAUGUUCGCCAGCUUCACUGGCCAGAAUACAUUGAGAAUUACUGCAUAGGAACUAAGAAAUAUGUGCUAAAUGAAGACAUGUCUGGACUUCCAGCAGCAAGACAGCAUCUAAAGAAGCUACGAAACAUCCGCUAUGCCUUCAACACAAUUCUCCUCGUUGUCAUCUGGCGUGUUUUUAUUGCUCGAUCACAAAUGGCUCGCCACAUCUGGUAUUUUGUGGUGAGCCUGUGCUACAAAUUCCUGUCUUACUUCAGGGCAUCCAGUACUCUCCGGCACUGAGGCCUACCCCAUAUGGCAUUCUGCAAAUUGAAGGACAUCAAUUUGCUAUAAAUGACAAGCAACCCUUUUGGAACAUUCCCUCCCCAAAAAGGCCACAAGACUUCCCAAGCCAUCGUAAAGAAAAUAAUGUGACUCUGCAUUCCAACGUAACCAAACUACACUGCCAAUGUUAUAAUAAAGAACAAUAGUAUUUUCACACCAAGCAUAUGUUGGUGUGACCUUCUGGUUUUCUAGCAUUACCAUCUUGUUCAAAUUGAUACCAUAAAGAGUUUUUCAAUGUCUGUAUUUCUACACACUGUCAUGCAAUACCCUGGCUUGACUUUACAGGUAAUUGCUGGAAUGGAUUGUAAAGUACAAAAUUGUCUCUUCUGCAUCAUGAUAUUUUGGAUGCAGGGCCCUUAUUCACAAAAGGAACCUGCGCAGUGUAUAGAACUGAUUAGUCCCAACACAUUCAAGACUGGUUUUGCAUCCAGUUGUCUUUGUGAAUAGGGCUUGAGGCCCAUUGUACAGUUAAUGUAAUAGGAAAAUCACUUUCCAGCAAUAACACAAUAACAUUCUACUUCUUGGUGCUAAAAUGGCAAAGAAAGCUUACUAAACAUUUCUGGGUGUUUUACACUUGUAAAAUGUAUAUAUAAAGUUGACAUUUGACCAAAACAUAUGAAUUUGCUCCUAUUUCUUGCAGGACGCCACCAUUUCUCCCCCUCCCAAAGUUUGCCAACUUGCCACCAACUGGAGACCUUGGCAGCAACAUAUCACAUUUUUAUGACAACAGAAUAAAAAGAACUGAUAUGUGAAACUAA